AUGGAGAAUAGAAGCAGAAAAAAACCUCGACUUCUUCCACCCCAAUCAGCAUUUGAUCGUCUACCAGUGGAAAUCAUCCUCCACAUCAUAUCAUACUUUUCCAAUCGCCGGGGUAGUUCUAGAAAGUGUCACGAGAGUUACAGCCAGAAGAUCGAUCAAACGAUUACUCUUAUAUCAGACUACGACUCUGAUGAUGAGUGGACUAAAUGUAACUCUGAAGACAACUGGGAUUCGAGAGACAUCGAAGAAGACCACUUCACAUUGCACCUGUCUGAUUCAGACAAAUUCAGAUACAUCAAAGGCUAUAAUGAUUAUCGAUCCGUCCGUUUUGAUAAACUCGCCCUCCCUGAUCAACAAGGCCUCAUUGGAGUCCAACAUGACAUUGUACUCAACGAACCACACGAAGUCUAUUCCAACGAACUCGUCAAAGUACUCCCUCAAUGUGAAAACCUUACCACGCUUGAUUUCAAAUGUAAAGGUCACGGGAGUCAUCCUGGUUCGUUAUAUCAAUUGGGACACCAUCUUACCGCAUUGUUUUCAAGACUUCAACAUCACAAACACCUCAAAAAUCUCAAGAUCAGAGGUACCCACUCAGGAUCAGUCAUUGCAGAGACUAUUAGUAAACCUCUCACUUAUCUCCCACUCCUUGAAUCGCUCGAACUCAAAUUUGUUGAAUCAAGAGGAGGUCCUAAUAGUUUGAAGACUGCACUUUCUAAUCUCAAAAACCUCAAAAACCUGAUCCUAAUGGAAGUUGAUAUUAUGAAGAACUCUUGGGACGAGGGCCCUCCUCAAUUGGUUAAUCUUGUGCUUCACCAUUAUCCCAACACUUGGUCAUCAAAUACACCACGGCUCAUCAGUAAUUGGGCACCCCACCUAACUCAUCUGGAACUCAAUUUUCUCGAAGACCCCGAUCCCGACCGACGAUAUCGCAUACCAAAAUUUGACCCAAGCAUCAAUCACUUUUGUCUACCAGCUUUAACACAUUUGAUCCUAUGGCGCAAUCCUUUGUGCGAAUAUUACCAGUGCUUUACAGAGUGUCCAAAUCUUCAGCACCUUGAGAUUCGUAACUCUUAUAGUAAACAUCGACUAUCUGAAUUUUGUGAAUUUAUUAUCAGUAAUGUUUUCCCUAAGCUGAAGGUGAUAGUGAUGCCUAUGGCAUGGGUGGGUCAUUCACUUGACCCUAUUGUGGCUUCUACACUUACGCCCUUGAAAGAGUUUUGUAGUCUCCAAGGUAUUGAACUUCAACUUUUUGAGGAGCAACCAUAUUACAUGAGGGAAGGUUUCAAAUGGACAUGA